AUGACCAAGCGUAUCAAGGAUGAAACUGAUGCGGAUGCAAGGUGUUCGAAGUAUGUACGAUGUCUUGUAAGUGGGUUUAAGUUGGAGAAGCUGUUUCAGAAAAUUUAUACCGACACAAAAUUCCAAGAAAUUCAAACGGAGUAUGCACGAUCAAAGCAGGAAAAAAUUACUGACCGCCGUAGGUUGUACAGUGUUACAUACAAUGCGGAAACGAAGGAAGUAGCUUGUGAUUGUAGGAAGAUUGAAACUUUCAGAAUUUUGUGCAAGCAAUGCAUACAUAUUUUAGACCAAAAUCAUGUAUUUGAGAUUCCCCAAAAAUACAUUCUAGACAGGUGGAGAAAGGAUGUUAUCAGAAGGCACACCAGAGUUAAGGUGUCGUACUAUGACCCUACCGAGACAGUGGAAUGUAGAAGGUUUAAUCGAAUGAUGACCAAGUUUGAGUGUGUUUGUGAUGAGGCUUCUACAAUUGAUGAUGCCACAUGUGAUAUGGUGUUAGAGAGGCUUAAUCAGCUGUCCAAUGAUGUCCGAAAGGCUAGGAUUGCCUUCCAAGAAAACCAGAAUCCACCAGAUAUGCCUAACCGCAACAUCCCUAUAUCUGUGAUCGGGUCUAACACUGCUGCAGCUAAUGUAACCCCUCCUUCAGUAAAAAAAAUCUAUUGCAAACGACAAGGAUGUACCUAUUAA